AUGUACGUCGUCGCGCGCCACCACCACCGUCUCCUCCUCUUGCUCGCCGUCCUCUUCUAUGGCGCUGCCACCGGAGCCGCGGCAGCCGGGGGCGGCCCGGGCGGCGAAGACGACGGCGCGCUGCUCGACCUCCUGCAGCGCGUGCAGUCGGAGGCGCUGCGCGCCUUCGGGCCGCGCGGCUUCGACCCCAAGCUCUACGUCGACAUGCCGCUCGCCGCGGGCGCCGACCCGGGCGCCGCGGCGGCCGCGCUGCCGCCCGCCGGCGGUGGCCCGGCGCCGUCGCAGGGCGAGAUGGGGGCGUUCCUGGCCCGGUACCUCGCGCCGGCCGGGUCGGACCUCGAGGCCGCCGACCCGCCGGACCUGGCGCUGCCCGAGCCGCGCGGGUUCCUGCCCCGGGUGCAGAGCGGCGCCGCGCGGGCGUGGGCGCGGGAGGUGCACGCGCUGUGGUGGAACCUGACGCGGCGGGUGGCGCCGGGCGUCGCCGCCGCGCGGCACACGCUCCUGCCGCUGCCCUGCAGGGCGGUCGUGCCGGGCUCCGGCUACCGGGAGCUCUACUACUGGGACUCCUACUGGGUCGUCAGGGGCUUACUGGUGAGCAAGAUGUACGAGACGGCGAAGGAGGUCGUGCUCAACCUCUUGUCCCUUGUCGAGAGAUACGGCUUCGUUCUCAAUGGAGCGAGAUCCUACUACACAAAUCGAAGCCAGCCACCACUCCUAAGCUCCAUGGUUUUAGAGAUAUACUUCGGAACCGGUGAUUUGGACUUGGUGAAGAAAGCAUUUCCUUCUCUGCUAAAAGAGCAUAACUUCUGGAUGUCAGAUUUUCACAGAGUAAUGGUAAGGGAUAAUCAGGGACAGAUACAUAGCUUGACUCGGUAUCAAGCUACGUGGAACAAACCCAGGCCAGAAUCUGCAACCACUGAUGAGCAAAUGGCUUCAAAGCUCUCCUCUGAAGUUGACAAGGAAAAAUUCUAUCGCCAAGUUGCUUCAGCAGCAGAAUCAGGGUGGGAUUUUAGCUCUCGAUGGAUGAGAAAUCCUCCUGACAUGACGACAUUGGCAACAACAUAUAUCAUACCAGUGGAUUUGAACGCGUUCAUAUACAAGAUGGAGCGAGACAUUGAAUUCUUUGCUGAACUUACAGGAGAACAUACAACUUCAAAAGAAUUUUCUGAGACUGCAAAAGCACGUCAAAUUGCAAUUGACUCUAUUUUAUGGAACUCUGAGAUGGAGCAGUGGCUUGACUACUGGCUUCCUGCUGAUGUACAAUGCCAGGGUGUCUACCAAUGGAAUUCUAAGUCACAGAACCGCAAUAUCUUUGCCUCCAACUUCAUACCUAUCUGGCUAAAUGCAUAUCAUCAUUCAGGCUCGGUGAAAUAUGUCAAUGAGUCAAAAUCAAAAGGAGUCAUGAGAAGCCUGAAGGCAUCAGGGCUACUUCAUAGCUCUGGAAUAGCGGCUUCAUUAUUGAACACCGGGCAGCAGUGGGAUUUUCCGAAUGGAUGGGCCCCAUUGCAGCAUCUGAUAGUUGAAGGAUUGGUGAACUGUGGUUCAGCAGAGGCAAGGGAAUUUGCUGAAGAUAUUGCUACAAGGUGGGUCCGAACGAACUACGCCGCCUACAAAGAAAGUGGUGUUAUGUAUGAGAAGUAUGAUGUGGAGGUCUGUGGAAGAUCUGGUGGCAGCGGUGAAUACAAACACCAGACUGGUUUUGGCUGGUCCAAUGGUGUGGUAUUGUCAUUCUUGGAAGAGUUUGGAUGGCCUCGGGGCAAGGAAAUUGUCUGCUCGUGAUGGGGGAGAACAGGCUCCACAGAAGCAGAAUCUAACCAAAUCAAUGUGCAUAAUUUGCAAUAUACGACGGUUCGGAAAGGUGGCCGUUACUUAAACUGGACACCGGAGUAGACCCUUUCAUAUCGAGAAAUGGGGGGC